UCAAAUCACAUACAGCUAACUGUUCAGAGAAGAAAAAAAGACAUAGAGGUGUAUCAACCAUUGACAGAAACUACUGAGACUGCAAUAACUCUGGCAGCUGGAGGCAAGCACAGACAUGGUGCAGUCUAAGCACGCAGACAAGCUGUGUUUUGCCCACACCCAGCCCAGACACAGUACGGCUUCGGAGAGUUACAGAAGCACUGGAUCUUGGAGUAACUGCCUUCAAAAAAUCUUCACAAUGUUCCUUGCUAAAGCUUUGCUGAGUGGAGGAAGUGGCGGUGGUCGUGGGGGAAGCCUUGCACAUGGCCUCGGAGGUCUCCUAACAGGAGGUGGACGUGGAGGGAAUCUUGGAGGACUUGUUGGAGGUCUUGUCAAUCUUAUAAGUGAAGCAGCAGCUCAGUAUAAUCCAGAGCCACCUCCACCUCCUCACAGUCAUUUUAUGAACGUGGAAGCUUAUGAGAGUGAGGAAAUCAGGCAGUUUCGUCGCCUUUUUGCCCAGCUGGCUGGAGAUGAUAUGGAAGUGUGUGCCACAGAGCUAAGGGACAUCCUGAACAAAGUCGUUUCCAGACAUCAAGACUUGAAGACAGAUGGCUUCAGCUUAGACACAUGCCGUAGCAUGGUCGCUGUCAUGGACAGCGAUACAAAUGGCAAACUGGGCUUUGAGGAGUUUAAAUAUCUGUGGAACAACAUCAAGAAAUGGCAAUGCAUAUACAAGCAGCAUGAUACCGAUCAGUCAGGCGCUGUUGGGAGAGCUCAGCUGCCAGGUGCCUUGAAGGCUGCAGGGUUCCACCUGAACGAACAACUCUGCCAGGUAAUCGUGCGCAGGUACGCUGAUGAGGACGGCAGCAUGGAUUUCAACAACUUCAUUAGCUGCUUGGUAAGACUGGACAGCAUGUUCCGGGCCUUCAAGUCACUGGACCGAGAUGAAGAUGGACAGAUCAAAAUGACCAUUGAAGAUUGGCUGCAGCUGACCAUGUAUUCAUGAAGGCAUAGCAGAGAAGAAUAAGCUUCAACUGGAAGAUACACAUGGAAGACUAUAAUCCUGUACUAUAGAACUGUAGUCUUUCCCUUGU